AUGGAUAAAGGAAAAAAAAAGAUGAACAAUAUUUCCAAUACGGGACGAUACUCUGCUAAGUGGGAUGACCAAGCACAUCUACAAUUUAUAGAGCUGGUAAAACAAGAGAUUCAAAAAGGAAAUAGGCCAGGAUCAUUUAUAAAUAAGGAUGGAUGGAGAAAUUUGGUCAAGAGUUUUAAUGAACUAUCAAGAAAAUGUUAUGACAACAAACAAUUAAAAAAUCAUUGGGAUUCUAGGAAAAAAGAAUUGACACUUUUUAAGCAAAUGAUGCGAGGAGAGUCAGCAACUGGGGAAAAAGCACGAGCUCCAUGUCAAUACGAAGAUCCAACCCAACUUUCGAGUACUGAUAAAGAGGAUGAUAUGGAUAAAAGAAAAAAAAAGAUGAACAAUAUUUCCAAUAAGGGGCGAUACUCUGCUAAGUGGGAUGACCAAGCACAUCUACAAUUUAUAGAGCUGGUAAAACAAGAGAUUCAGAAGGGAAAUAGGCCAGGAUCAUUUAUAAAUAAGGAUGGAUGGAAAAAUUUGGUCAAGAGUUUUAAUGAACUAUCAGGAAAAUGUUAUGACAACAAAUAAUUAAAAAAUCAUUGGGAUUCUAGGAAAAAAGAAUUGACACUUUUUAAGCAAAUGAUGCGAGGAGAGUCAGGUUUGGGGUGGGACGAAAGAAAUAAGACUAUUGCGGCAGAUCACGAUUGGUGGGAACAAAAAAUAAAGGAAAAUGAAAAUUUUCGAAAAUUCAAGAACAAAGAUCUGUCCAUCAUAUGGUUUCGCUAUGAUGGCUUGUUCUCUGAUAUUGCAGCAACUGGGGAAAGAGCACGAGCUUCAUGUCAAUACGAAGAUCCAACCCAACUUUCGAGUACUGAUAAAGAGGAUGAUGCAAUUGACAACACUCAAGAAAUACAUGAUUAUGGAGAGUCAUUCGCUAGGGAGAAUACUCCCAAUUAUGUCAGAAUUGGUGACGAUUUGUUUCUAGAACCAAGCUGGCAACGAGAGACAACCCCGAGUGCUAAAAGGGUUAGGAAGGAAAAGAUGUCCAGUGCCGCUAUGUUGAGAACAAAUAUUGAAGAAUUGAUGCAAUUAUAUUCGAAUAGCACAAAUACUUCACACUCAAAUGCAGGACCAGAUGCAUAGAGUAUUAAAAAAUGCAUGACUGUAUUGAAGAGUCUCCACAUCUUGGUUGGGAGUAGGCUGUGGAAUUUUGCUUGCACUCUUUUUGCCAAGCUAGCAAAUCGAACUGUCUUCAUUAAUCAACCAGAUGAUGAGGCCAGAAUGUCUUGGUUGGACUAUCUCUAUCAGAGGGAUAAGGAACAUUGACCUCCAUUAUGAAAAUGUUUUUUAAUAUGUUUGAACUAAUUUGGGUUAUGUUUGAAUGCUACUAAUUUGGGUUAUGUUUGAAUGCUACUAAUUUGGGUUAUGUCUAAGACUCUUGUUCCAA